GGUAAAGAUGGGACGGUCUUCGAAGGACAAACGGGAUAUUUACUAUCGCCUGGCCAAAGAGGAGGGUUGGAGAGCAAGGAGCGCUUUUAAACUUCUUCAACUGGACCAAGAGUAUCAUCUCUUCCAAGGGGUACGCAGGGCCGUCGAUCUGUGUGCUGCCCCCGGUAGCUGGAGUCAGGUCCUCAGCCGGAAACUCAGGAAGGAAGACGCCAACAGUUCAGAGGUCAAGAUCGUUGCCGUGGACCUGCAGGCUAUGGCGCCUCUCCCUGGGGUCAUUCAGAUCCAGGGAGACAUCACCAAGGUUGCGACUGCUCAGGAGAUUAUCAAACACUUCGAAGGGCAGGCUGCAGAUUUGGUGGUUUGCGACGGAGCGCCAGAUGUAACUGGGCUACACGAUAUCGAUGAGUACAUUCAGGCCCAGCUCCUACUUGCGGCUCUGAACAUUACCACCCACAUCCUGAAACACAGUGGAACCUUCGUGGCUAAGAUCUUUCGGGGAAAGGACGUCACCCUGUUGUACUCCCAACUGAAGAUCUUCUUCAAGGAGGUUACGUGUGCAAAGCCGAGGAGCAGCCGCAACUCCAGCAUCGAGGCGUUUGUGGUGUGUCACGGAUACUCCCCACCUCAGGGCUAUGUCCCGAACAUGUCAAACCCUUUGCUGGACCAUUGCUACGACGUGGACUUUAACCAGCUGCAAGGCCCCAACAGGCUGAUCGUCCCCUUCCUGAGCUGCGGCGACCUCAGCGCUUACGACUCCGACAAGACCUACCCGUUACAGCUGGAAGUCGGGCAGGAAUACACCUACACGCCUCCCGCUCAGCCUCCCAUCCAGCCUCCCUACCAGGAGGCCUGCUUCUUGAGGAGGAACAACUUGUUGGCCAGGGAGCGUGCGUCCGCACUGUCGCCCUCGGAGGGAGCGUCCGCGCCGUCGCCCUUGGAGGGAGCCGCCAGCGACAUCUGCGGGACGCUCGGGGGACUCGCGUUGACUGGGGAGCGGCGCGAUUUCGAAUCCUGAGUGUGAUUUCGGAGCCCGGUGUGUACGUUUUUAAACCGAAGGCACGGCCUGCUGUUUUUAAGGUGCACGUGUAGAAUAAAGUGCGUGAGGAAACGUC